AUGAUAUCUGAUGAACACUUCGAAGACAUUCUUGGUUCAAAAAGAGGCUGGGUGGCAUUCAAGUCACUUGUAUCUUAUUUCCUUGAAAAUAAGAAAAGUGCCAAUUUCGUGGAUAUUGUACAAAAAUGCAUUAGUGCCUACAAAGAUCUUGGCUGCAAUAUGUCUUUGAAAAUACAUUUACUCGACUCCCAUCUAGACUUCUUUCCAGAAAAUCUAGGUGCAGUCAUGACGAACACGGUGAACGCUUCCACCAGGAUAUUUCAGGUAUGGAGUCACGUUAUCAGGAUCGAUGGUGUGCAGCGAUGUUGGCAGACUAUUGUUGGACCCUUCAACGUGAUUUAUCAACUCAUCAAUACAAGAGAAAAUCCACAGUCAAGAAAUUUUCACCAUGAACAUGUUAAACAAAUUUUUACAUAA